CUGAGUUCCUGAACAGCGACUGAGAUCCGAUUCGUGUGAUAGUUGAGGAGGCGCCAGGAUCAUUUGGAUUUCCUGCCGUCGGAUUCUGAUCCUAUGUUUUCCAUUGUAUCAAGCUCUGCAGUUUUUGGCUCGCAGGACCACUCCCAUGAGAAUUUUAUUGAUCUUGUUGCUCGAAUAAAGCCGCUUGAAGUACUUCGCACUUAACUAUUCAGUACAACAUAGUUCGAUGCAAAGCAAUGCUAGAUUUACUAUAUUCGUUCCCGCCUCCUCCUGCGCGUAGAUAUUAUAUAUUAAACAGAAGUCUAUCAGUCCGUCAUGAUUUCGAAUAAAUAUCUCCCGUUUAUUCCGGUGUUGGCAGUCUCGGUGUCAGCACAGAAGUUUCCUUGUUUUCUCUAUUAAACCACUCGCGACGGCGACCCACCUACUUAUUUUGUUUUGUUUCUUCCUGCUCAGUGGUAGCUUGGCAGAUAUAUUCAAAGCGACAGCUUGCAAAUGCUAUUCUUUUCCCUCGCUUUUUAUAGGGAGUAUCAUCUUUCAAAACUUAAACUACCGUAAAAUUUAACUCCUGUCUGAGGAUGGACACCACGAUGCCGAAGUAGAGAGACCACAGCUUCUGACUACAUAUGAAUUGCAAAAGUGUCUGGGUCUGGAAGAUUCUGAGACUUGUGAUGCACGUUUUGCGUGAGCCAUGACGUCUGUGAUGCAUGCCGUAGCAUCGCAGACGUUUUAAGGGCAUCUUGAUGUCUACUCCGCAUGACAAAUGCACUCCCCGCGUAGCACAAAUCGCAUUCCCUUUGCUGCUCAUGCAGUACAGAUUUUUUUGGAAUCCAAACGCAGCAUCACAAGUUGCAUUCUAACCAGACCCAGACACUUUUGCAUUUGAUAUACAAGCAGGUCCACAAUCAUGGCCUCCGACGUGAGUCUUGCCUCUUCUGCAGGCACACCUGGUGAAAACCACGGGAUGUUGUUUUCAUCUCAAGCAGAACUCCUCUCCGGGACGAGGUCUACUGCAGGAGAUUAUGGCGCAGAUAGUACUACACUGGAACUUAUCCAGGGAAAGACCCCCAUCCCCAUCCAUUUUUUGCAUGACAAACACUGCAACUUAUGCAUGCUUUGCAUGACAAAUUGGAUGGGAGUGGGUGUUUUUUCCUGGAUAGAACUCGGCGCGGUUUUUCAGCAGUUUACCUUCACAUUAACCCUUUUUCUCCUGACGGUCGCCACCUUACUUUUCUUUGACAAAUUUCCGUUUCUCUCGAAGUUUACCCUCCCGGUCUUCUCCAGAAUGAUCGACCCGGUGGUGAAUAUCAACUGUAAAAAUGUCUGGGUCUGGAAGAAUUCAUGUUUGUCAUGCUUGUCUGGCAUGACUCUUAAAUCUGUCACGCACGUUACCCAAGAGCUCCGCUUUUCUGUGAUACGGAAGCGCAGUUUGUCAUGCAGAAUAGGCAAUACCUAGGAGGUCAGAAACUUGUCAUGCUGAGCCAGCAUCUGUAGCCUCAUCAUGAGACGCCACCCAGCUUCACAAGUUUCCAGACCCAGACACUUUUACAUUUGAUAGUGAAUCCAAUGCUGCAGUCCGCUUUGAUAUAUGAACUGCAAAAGUAUCGUACUGGUACUACUAGUAGUUAUUGCAAUACAAAUUAGCUCAGCAUGAACAAUGGAAUUUGUCAUGCUGUUUUACCUUGGGAUGGAAAUUUGUAAUGCAUGACUGCGAUUACUACGAGUACGAUGCUUUUGCGCAGGAUAUGAUAAAAGCCUUUCCGACGGCGAUACAAAAGGCCAACGACCACGUGAGAGAAUCAGGGGACAGACAUAUCCUGAUUAAAAACGUCCCCACACCAGAGUCAAGAUGGGGACUUUGCAACACAAACCUAGGAGUUUUGGGAGUCACGCAUGACAAAUUUCGGUCCGUAAGGUAGUGCAAGUUAGCAAGGAAAGCCGCAUCACAAAUCCAUCUGCUGAUCCUGUUUACAGCAUUACAAGUUCCCGAACACAAUUGAAAAUGCCUGUUAUGGGGUUGCGCAUCACAAAUGUUCCUGUCAUGGCAAAUCUGCAUGACAACUCUGGUGUGGGGACGUUUUUACUCAGGAUAAGACAGCGGUCUGUGGGGAAUUUGAUUCUUCCCCAAGCGGCGGAGGGAAGACUCGCGACGACAAUCACAAACAUGUUUGGCACGGAGGAGUUUAUCAAAGAAUUAGUUGGGAUGAUCCGGAGCGAAAUCCAAGAGCCCAGCAAGGAGGAGAACUUGCUGAUAGAAGAGAGAUAUCCUGUGCAAAAGUAUCGUAAACUCGUAUUGCAAUCAUGCGUUACAAAUCUUUUUCUUGAGGUAGAUCAGCUUUACAAAUUUUAUUCCUCAUGCUGAGGAAAUUUGUAUUGCAUUUAUUAUACAACGAGUACGAUACUUUUGCAGUUCAUAAGAGAGUGAAGAAUUACUUCGUCGGCGUGGUGCUGGAGGCGAAAUUGCGGUAUAUGGAAACAGAUGAGUGGAAGGGAAAGUGCUUGCUACGCACGUCGUCUUCCUCCUCGUCUGGCCUUGGGGCGGCACUACUUGCGGACGAGGUGGAUGAACAGGCCGGCGGUGAAAAUGAAAAUCUUCCGCCCGACCAGUCUAAUACUUCUAACCAGCUGCAGAACUACCCCACACGCUCCUCGGACAGCUCGGCGAAUGACGACGAGGUUGCAGAGGAGUGGUCGCGCCCGGGGUCCAAAAGCAUCCCGGCCAGUCCGUCAGUGAAGGACAGGAUAACAGGGUACAAGACGAAUAGCAGCGGCGCUUCGACGAGCAAAAUCAUGCACGAGCAACAAGGAACGAGGGCGCUUUCCCCCUUGCCGUCGACCGAACUUCUCUACGAAGACUUUGACACUGAUAAAGACGAUACAGCAGCUCCACUACCGCGACGCGAAGAAGAUGAACAAAGAGGUAAAGAGUUCGCGAAAAGGGCGGACAAAGUGCUGAGAUCUUCGUCGUCAGUCGGCUCGGGUUCCGCGUCGCAGCAAGCGCAAGACAGGAAGAUAAAUGAUGACCGCAAUAAGGAUAUCCUGUGUAUCAGAAAUGUCCCCACCCCAAAGCGAAGCUGGAAAGUCUGCGAGACAAAUCAACCGGCUUUGGUUGUAGCUACGCAUGACAUGAAGGCUGGCCUCGUAGUGUAAUCCUGUGCAAAAGCAGUUCAGCAGCGUCACAGAUCUAGCAUAUAGCCGUGCUAAAUCGAGCAUCACAAAUUCCAAAACGGAACUAAAAAUUGCUUCUAUGGGGCCGCCGCUUCGCAUGAGAAGCCACAUUUUAAGGAUUCAGAUUUGCAUGACAGCUAUAGGGCGGCUGGGGACGUUUUUCCUUGGGAUAAAGCCCCCGAAGGAGUUCACACUGGCGGGCGAGGUUUCGUCCGUUUUCGUGCAGGCAUUUAACAGUACGGAGAUGCGUAUGGAUUGUAAAAAUGUCUGGGUCUGGAAGAAUGCAAGUUUGUCAUGCUUGUCUGGCAUGACUCGAGAAUCUGUGUUGCAUAGGCACGAAAAGGCCCACCUCUUACCUGUCAUGCAAAAACGCAGUUUGCCAUGCGGAAUACGUAAGACAUAGCAGCCAAAAAAUUUGUCAUGCAUCGCUGCGUAUUGCAGUGCGUCUAUCAUUUUUCACUUUCAGCAUUACAAGUUUCCAGACCCAGACAUUUUUACAGUUGAUAAUGCGCAGCAAGAUGUCCCGCGGGAUGGUAAUCGCGAUCGUGGAGGGUUUGCGGCAGGGUUUCAACCUGCGUGCAUCGGCGACCACGCCGGCGGUCACACCGAUCGCGGGGGAAAGAAAUCCGGAUGGUAGUGGUACAACUUCUCAUAUGCAAUGCAAAGGCGUCGUACUUCUAGUAUAGACAGUAUAAAUCGCAUGACAAAUUUGCUCCAUGAGAAAUGAAAUUUGUGAUGCGGAUUUGGUUUGAGAAAAAAAUUUGUAUUGCAUGAGUGCGAUUAGUACGAGUGCGAUACUUUUGCAGUGCAUAUCUCAAACAUUAGCUGCGCAAGACCCACAGAACAAGCAGUCCAGUAUUGUGCUCGACGAGUUUUUCACGUACGUUUUAAACUUACUUGGCGACGGGGAUUUCGCGGCGGCAGCAUUUAUCCUAUGGUAAAACGUCCCCACAGCAUGGUCAAGAUGGGAAGUCUGCAACACAAAUCCCGAAGUUUCGGGAGUUCUGCAUGAGAAGUUUCGAUCUGCAGUGUAGUUCUGGCUAGCAAGGAAAGCCGCAUUAGAAAGCCACUCUCUCAUGCUGUUUAAAGCAUUACAAAUGCAAAAACACGAAUGGAAGUGCCUCUCAUGGAGAAGCGCAUUACAAAUGUUCCUGUCAUUGUACAUUUGCAUGAAGACAGCUCUGGGUGGGGACGUUUUUACAUAUGAUAGCGUUGGCAGGAUCGUUUGAAGAGGUGAAGCAACUGAUUAAGGAAAUACGGUAUGCAUUGCAAAAAUAAGUAUCGUACUAGUACAGCUUGCAAUACAAAUUGGCUCAGCAACAUUACAACAAAUUCGAUUUGUAAUGCGGAUUUACCGUGAUAACCAGAUUUGUGAUGCAUGACUGCGAGAAUUACUACGAGUGCGAUGCUUUUGCACUGGACAUUUGGCAGGAUGAAAAGAUCAACGACAAUUUCCGGCAGUUAUUGAGGGACACUUUGCGGGACGAGGCGAUUCACAAAGCAUUGAUGAAAGGGGGUUGGGAAGCCAUGAAAUCCAGGCUGAAUCCGCUAUCGAGAUGAUUUUUAUACUACUAGCACGAGGAUUUUUAUUUCGUAUCUAUAACUCAGUCAAGUAAAGAACAUGCACCUGCACUGCACCACCCUUUACAACCACGCAAAGGAUUUUCACUGUUACUUAUCUCUAUCACUCUGAAUGAUUUUUUCACCGCAGGAAGGGACUUCUACAAGCUGGUGGAAAACACUGUGGCCCCUUUUGUUCAUCAUCCUGGGGAGCAGCAAGAGCCCGCUGGACUAAGAGGUCAGCACUUUUUC